AUGCAAAAUCAAUCUAACGAAUAUUUAAAUAAUCCUUGGGAAGCAACAUGCUUUGUAUUUCAAUAUUCAUAUAAUUCGCAUCCAUGUUAUUCUUGUGCUAGUUCAAAUUGUAAUAAAUCAAUUUGUUAUGAUGAAAAAAUUGAAGUUAGUUAUUCUAUAUUUAAUGGAACAGAAAUUCAAAGUACUAUUAUGAUCAAAGAUAAUCCAACCAAACAUCAUAUUCAAGUUGGAUAUAAAUAUACAUGUUAUUAUGAUCGAAUAAUUAAUUUAAAAUCAGUUCAAUUGGACUAUAUGUAUUCAAAGUCUCAAACUUCAAUAAUUAUUAUUGACCUCGUGUAA